ACGCUGAACUGCAGGCCCAACCGUCAAAGAGGAAGUACGGUUAGCAUCAGUUGGUUUGCUGCUAACCGGUGGCUAACUUGCUAAAAAAGUAAACAAGUCCGCGGGAUGAGAUGAAAUUCAACCCCAGGACAAAGUAACUUUUCAGCUAUGAAGGAAGACAAAGAAAACACUCGGCCGAAGGAGAAAAAAGUGGAAAUAAAGUGUGAAGAUGGAGAAAAGACGGAGAAGCCCAAGGAAAAGAAAGAGGCCAUGACAAAGAUCGUGAUCAGACGAUUACCACCAAGUCUGACCAAGGAAGAGCUGGAGGAGCAGCUGCAACCUCUCCCAGAGGUGGACUACCUGGAGUUUUUCUCCAACGACACCAGUCUUUACCCACACCUCUUCGCAAGGGCGUACAUAAAUUUCAAAAAUCAAGAGGAUAUAGUUCUCUUCAGAGAUCGAUUUGAUGGAUAUGUCUUCAUCGACAGCAGAGGACAGGAGUAUCCUGCCAUUGUGGAGUUUGCACCUUUUCAGAAGACUGCCAAGAAAAGAAGUAAGAAAAGGGAUGCCAAAUGUGGAACAAUUGUUGAAGAUCCAGAAUACAAGAAGUUCCUUGAAUAUUACAACGGAGAUGAAGAAAAGUUGGCAUCAACACCUGAGACCCUGUUGGAAGAGCUUGAGGCAAAAUCAAAGGAACUUGUAGCUAAAAAAACAACUCCUCUGCUGGACUUCCUGAAGAAUAAACAGAGAAUCAGGGAGGAAAAGAAAGAAGAGAGAAGAAGGAGGGAGCUUGAACGCAAGCGUUUACGCGAUGAGGAGCGUCGCAAGUGGAGGGAGGAGGAGAGAAGGAAGCGCAAAGACGCAGAGAAGAUGAAGAGGCUCGAGAAACCUCUGGAGAAAGACAAGGACCAAGUUAAAGAAGAACCAAAAAUUAAGCUCCUGAAGAAGCCAGAUAGAGGUGAUAAUGCUGAUUCUGAGAAGCCCAAAGAAAAGGUUAAGAAACCAGAGAAGCCAAAUAAAGAGGACAGGUCCAUGGGGAGUGCUGAUCAUAAGAGGCGCCAGAACAUUGAAAAUAAGGAUGAUCGAGGAAGGAAGGUGGACGAAGAUGGGCGUAAGGAGUUCAGGGAACGUGGUGUAGAUCGAGACAGAGAGCGCGAACGAGAGCGGGAGAAGGAACGGCGGCAGAAGGAGAAGGAGCGCAUCAGGCGACAGGACGAAGAUCGCCGUAGAAGGAGAGAUCGGCAGGAUGGAGAGAACUCGGGCAGGAGGCGGGAGGAGGAGGUUAAAAAAGACAAAGAGCGUGUCUUCGAGAAGAAAAAGGGUGAAAACACUGGAGACUCCACUCACUCUGACAGGGCCGAGAAGCCUGCCAGAGACAGCAAAAGGGAGGAGAGCAGUAAAAGAGAGCGGCUACGAAAUAAGGACCGGCCAGCUAUUCAGCUGUACCAGCCAGGGGCCAGAAGCCGCAAUCGAGGAGGAGGAGGAGGAGGUGGAGCAGGAAGAGGAGCCGAAUCCAACUCUGCCGACAGGAAGGCAGAUACUGAGACCGAGAAAGUGGCUGACAAAGGAGACGAUUGAGCAGAUUUCUACUUAUGGCAUUUUAAGUUUGGCGAGGAGAGGGAAGUAGGGCCUGCAAAGCUCAGAGCAGCGAUGUGGCGCCUCAGGGCGACGUGCACUGUAGUGCAAGCAGGGCUGCAUCUGGCUCUCCCAGUCUCAGAGGCAGAGAUGGAAUUGUGGAGCCUCUUAGUGCCUGAAUGUUUAUUUGUUAGGAGAGGUAACCGUAACCUUUGGAAAGAGUUUGGCUUUAGGGCACAUUAGUUGAAGCCAAAGCUUUCUUGGACCAACUGAACUCAAAGUGACCUUAUUUCAGUAUUGUUUCUCUCAUGUAGUGUUGUACACACAGCAAACAUUAGCUUUCCACAUCUUCAUCCAUAUCACACUCUGAUGGUAAAACAUAACCUCGCAGGUCUUUAACUUCUCAGUUACUAAAUAUGUCAACAUUGCCAAGCUCAUCAAUAUUGUUUCCACGCUGUCUUGAAUGGAAUUUCUGUGGUAACAUUGCCAUUUUCAGUUUCACAUGUAAAAAUUACAUCUUACUCCGCCUGGGGAGCCAGACAAUUUAAACGCAUGUGCAGAACUUCUUAAAAACAUAAAACAUAGUGCUAGUCUUACAGGCACGACAUGCUGAAGGACAUCAUGUGUACUUGCCUGGAUCAUGUGUUUUGUUCAUACAUUCAUACAGUGAUUGAGGAGAAAUAGCCAUUUCUGACUAGAAUCAGAGCGAUCAACCUGUGCCCCCUCCCCUUUUUAUAGUCUGAAACUCCCCUUUAACCUUAAUCUGUGAUGCACUAAACUGAAUACUGCAUGAGAACACGUCACUGCUGGUGAUGCUACAGGAGCCACUUCUGACUGGAAAUAAAAGAGCUCUUUGCUUAAGUCUA